AACAUGGCGGUCCGGGGAAGCGCUAUGUUACUUUAAACUCCCAGAAUCAGCGGAAACAAUAAUGGCUGUUUGGAGGUUUUCAUCUCUAUAAGCAGGCAAGCGAGUGGAUUUAUAUUGCUGUCCUGGCUCAACGCGACCUGAGAGUUUUUAAAGAAUCCUAUUGAGCGGGUGUGAUCGGGACUCGAUCCCUGCUCUCCGCGUCGAGGACGAGGUGGUUCAACCGUCGCCACCAGGGAAGGAGGUCCAGCCGCUGCAUUAGUGAGGAUAUAAGUGAACUCUGCACACGAAGAGGCGUUUUACAGGACAACUUUAACCCUAACGCCGAGAUAUGGAUCCCAGUGACUCUUUGCAAGGACAAGAGAAGCCAUCAGAGCAGUGUCUUUAUCUGACACCGAGCCUGAAAGGACGACAACGAAGAAAAAAUCCCAAAUAUCUUAUUUAUGAAACUGAUUAUAUGGGUAUUGGAGAAAAUGUCAAAAAGGAAACGGUAAAAACAAGCUCCAAAGGGGGAAUAAAAUCUUCUCAAAAGAAUCUUGUAAAAAGUAAAAAAACAAAGACUGUCAAACGACAGGAUUUAAAUAAGGAAAAAGAAUCAACUGAGAAAACACCUCCGGACUCUGUUGACCAAACUGCAGUGGACAUGCCACGAAAGAGAAAAGCCAGGAAAAUCCCAUCAAAAUUGAAAAAAAAAGAGAAAAAAACAGUCUCCACUGAUGCAAACUUGUCAGUUGGAAAAGAAAGAGAGAAAGAAGAUGCAGAGUCUGUGAAGCAGAAAAAUGGGAUGCCAAAGCAAAAGCGAAAGUAUGUCAGGAAGAAGCCUGAGCCGGAAGAGUCACCGUGUGAUGACAGUUCAAAGCAAACUCUGACUCCACCUGAGGAGGACGUCAAGCCUGGUGGCCGUCACAGGCGAGGAGCGGCUAAAGCGGCACUGAAGUACCUCACCCUUUUGGCAGAAGAGGUGUUGGAUCAUCCCAGUGACGAGCCUGGCUCCGAGCCACAUGCCAAACGUGAUGAAAACAUCUCAAAACAGAGAAGUUCCAAGGCAAGAAAAGGCCGAAAGAGGAAAUGUCUUGACGGUGAUAUUUCAGCAGAUGAAGACUUUGUCCCGGAUACUGCAGAAGAAGAGGCUGAUGAGAUGGAAGAUGAUGAAGAAGAAGAAGCAGAGUUCUCCGAUCUGGAGUCAGACCUUUCAGCUGAUGAAGAGGCUUCAGCACGUUUUCAUACCAAGAGAGCUUAUACAAUCUCGAAUAACAAACAUCAUAAUGGACUGGCUUUCAGUGUCAUAAAAAGUGUUUGGGACUCUGCUGAGACAACCAAGAAAUUCCGGGACGAGCACUACAGCAGCUGGGUGUUCCCGGACUGGAUUCCCUCCAGCAAUGAUUGGGACCCUGUUCCGCAAAGUGAUGUAGAGGAAUACCUACCUCAGGAGUUAUACUCGGCUACUUUCACUGUGUCCAGAGAAGGUCUCAAACAAAAGGAGGCCCCUCAGCUAAAACUCAGAAGGUUUGAGGCAGUGCCACCUCAACGAGAUUACUGGGAUAUGUUUGUGUUUACUGGCGGUCCACUCUGGGCCAUGGAGUGGUGUCCCACGCCAGACGGUGCCGCUGCCAAUCAGUACGUUGCUGUGGCCUGUCAUCGAGACAUGGAUGACCUGCACUAUGUCAACCAAACUUGCUCAGGACCUGCACUUGUUCAACUGUGGGACUGUGGAAAACUGGACUACAACAGCAGACCGGAGACCCAGCCAGCGCUGGUCUAUGGUUUGGCCCAGGAUAAAGGCUUCAUCUGGCAUAUGAAGUGGUGUCCAACAGGGGGCUGGGAACUUCCCCACUGCACCAAAAAGGCUCCUCUCCUUCCUAGGCUGGGUCUUCUAGCAGUAGCCACCUCCAGUGGCGAGGUAACCAUUUACAGCCUUCCUCAUCCUGAUCAUCUGCUCUCCAACAAGCGUGCUACCUCAGAAAAAGACAGUGAAAAACCACCAAUAUACAAGGCACGAGGUGUGGUGACCUUAAAACUGGGUUCGGUUAAAGCCCCUCGCGAUGGAAAAAGUGGACUGGUCCUGUGUAUGGAUUGGCUGCCGCAAAAACCACACAAUAUAAUGGCUAUUGGAUUCUAUGAUGGAGUAGUUGGUCUAUGGGAUCUGUCAACAAAGUCUGCGUUGCUGCGGGUACGGGAGCCAGACGGAUCCACGACUCUUAUGCCCUAUCGAUGCAUCCUUGCCCACGACCAUGCAGUCCGGGCUUUGGCCUUCUGCCCUGUUUCCAGAGACCUGUUGACAACAGCAGGUGAGGAUCGCUUUGUGAAGAUGUGGAAUCUGAGCAGGGUCUCUGAUCCACUUAUUGUUCAGAAACGCUGUCUGGUCAAUGAAAUCUACUGGCCAUUGAAUGCACCCGGGCUCCUGGUUUCCCAAGAUUGUGCCUUUGCAGUGAAAGGUUCACAGGGAGUCCAUUACAUUGACCAUAACAUGAGGUCGUACUUUGCAGUUCCUCGGAGCGCCUCUGUGUGGUCUAUGUCGUACUCGGACUGGUUACACAGCGUGUUGUCAUCAGACGUCCUUGGGGAGGUUAUUCUCUCCAUCUUACCUGCGAUGACUUACUCUGCUCCCAACGUCAAACGAACGAUAGAGAGACGAUUUCCUGUCAGCAUCACAUCCAUGGAACUUUAUGAUGCAAGUGAAGAAAAAAAUAAAGAGGUUGGAGAAGUGGAAGAGGAAGGAGAUGUUGUUGGUGGACAGGAAAAAGGAAAGACAGAAAAAGUAGACGCUGCACCUGAAGAAGGGAAUGACAACCACAAUGAAGGGGAGAGAGAAAGGAACGAUGGAUGUCCUCGUGUGAAAUUUCAGACAUACAAGGAGGCUGUAAAGAAAUAUUACCUGCGUUAUCAAGACAGCGAUCUGCGGAAACUUGCAGCAAGUGAGAAGCGAUCUUUGUGGAAGCACAUGAAAGAUACAGAAGCAAUGGGGAAGAUAAACAUGGAUGACAUGUCUUUGGCUGCGAUACAUAAGGUGCGUUUCAACCCGAACUUGAGCAGCCACGUCUGGCUCGUGUCCGGGGGCCAGCCAGGAUUGCUGCGACUUCACUGCUUAAGGUCGUUGAUCAGCCCGUGUAUCAAUGAGAUGAUUGACGGUAGCCAGGCCCAUUUCAACCGUCUGCACCCUCCACAAGGCCCAAAGGGAUGUGAUCAGAUAGUCACAGGGCAACUAUAGCUGACCUUCAAGUUACUACAUCUUUAAAAGGGUGGAUCACAUUAAUACAUACACAUAAUGCCCAGGAUAUGGGCAAAUACACCUCCAGCUAACUGAAUGAAUAUCACUUGAGGUCUCUUGCAGUUUGAUACAACAAAUCCUGGAUGUUCAAUUGAGAAUGUGCAGAUUAUAACAGCACUGACCUUUACUGGUGAACAUGUGAGAAGCAGCAGAGUACUGAGUGCUGCUUGAGUCUGAACAAAUGUGUCCCUGAAGAUUUUGACAUUUUGGUGCUGUUGUAUUAAAAUGUGAUAACUGGUCAAAUGUUCAUCUCUACACCCCAGAAGCGAUGGCAUGUGUGUAUUUUUGAUUAAUUUAUUUUCUUGUUGUCCCAUGAGUGACUUUGUGGCACCAAAUAUAUUUUUUUUUCACUCAAGCUUCCAGUUGGUCUGAGUUCGCUUCAAACUGAGUUAUAAAACUGAUUUGUGUCUGUGCCACCUCGUAAAGGUUUGCCAUUUCUUUGAUAGCUAUUGGCUUUUCAGUUUGUCCACGUUUGCUAGUAAACUCCAUUUGUAAACAUUUACUUUGCACCUUAGUUAGAGUUAAUUUCUGUUGUCAUGCUGUUGUCCAACAUCCCGUCAUAUGUUGACUCUACUUUCAGAUUUUCUGAUUUCAUCAUAGCUCAGAAUCUUCUUCUUUCAAGCCCACUGACUUGUGACUAGAUACUAUCCAAGCCCAAGGUUUAGAAAUCUGUUGCUGAAUAAGCACUCUGUUUUCUAAAGAGUACAUAGUCGUUAUUUAAGCAUGCAGGAUUUAAAGAGGUCAAAUUUCCUCCCAGAUGGACACAUAAGUUGUUUGUUGGUGUCAAGUGAGAUCUUUUAUUUGAUUCAGAGAUCUCACAUUUAAUAAAGACAAAUAAAUAAUUGGUACAUAGUGUUGCACACAUUAAGGUUUAGUGGGAACUUCAGUAAGUACUCUUUCAGAUAAUGGAAAACAUAACAGAUUAACAAAUAGCUCUAUUUUUUUAAGUCUUGUUUACUGGAAUAACAUGGAAAUGUCAUUAUUUAUUUAUGUUUUUGUUGUGUGGAUCUAAUUUUUCUCUUUUUUUUUUAAUGGUUUCCAUAUCCAAACAACUCAGGCUAGAAAUGUUGGAAAGUACUUGAAUCUUUUCUUUUCCAUUUUGUAACUCUCUGAAUUUAUUUUUAUAUUUAAAUGUUGUUGUUUUUUAUCCUCCUUGCUACUAAAUCUUUUUUUUCAAAUCUUCUCUUUCACUUGGUAUUUCUG